AUGUCACACAGAUCUCACAACUCACGAAGAUACGACGAUGACAAAAGGUAAAUUCUUAAUUGUUUUUAGUCGACGUUUGCAUUAUAAAGUUGUGUAGCAUAAUAUCAGUAAAAUUUAUUUUUUUUUCAGUAAACGAAGCGAAAGGAAAGGUGACAAGAUAAGAGAGAAGAUGGAGAAGGCCUUGGAAUCUCGGACGGCUACGGCAAAAGCAGAAUGGGCCAAAGAGAAGGAAAUGGCACAGAAGAGCAGCAAUUGCAAGGUUAAGCUAAAACUAUGUCUACAUGUGACAUGUGCUUAUAGUUUCUAGUAGUAUUUGUUCUAAUUCUACAUUUUUUUAGCCUACGAACUAACCUUUGAAGAACAAAUGGAGCGACAGCGACAAAUCGACCAGAUUGGGGAAGCUGGAUUCCAACCGGCUAUGUUUGUUAGUGGGCAAGGGUAUCAGAAGACUCAUAAAGAGGUGAAUACUAGGUUCUUUUAACUAUAAUAUGGAUGUUUUAUACUAAUUUUAAUAUUAUAGAAAAGCUAUUAAACUUAAAUUGUCUUAGACAUCAGAAGAUGCUGCCCAGAAACACCACGAUGGAGCCAUGUUUGGUCCCAUGUGGAAGAGCAAAGAAAUCACAAAGAAACUCGACCAGUCGAUCAAAACAAAACCGAAGUCAUCGAAAGCCAAUGACAAUAUGGACCUGGAUGUGAUACCUCUACCACCUCAAUCAUCCGAAUUCAAGAUGUUUCCGCUGGCAGAAACGUGGCUGAAUCUACCGGUCGAUUCACGAGAAGAAGCUUGGCGAAAAAGCUUUCACGAGCAACGACGACAACUUUUCGAGGAACAGAUCUAA